AUGAGCUGCCCAAAGGAAUGCACUUGCCAGUAUCUGGCUGUGAAUUGCACAGGGAAGCAGCUGGAGGAAUUCCCAGCCACCGUACCGCUGGACACCAGGCAGCUGAUACUGGCUCAAAACAAACUCAGCUAUUUGCCUUCGAUAGAGUUGAACUUCCUCAGUGACUUAAUCUACCUCGACUGCAGUGGCAACUCUUUAGGUGAGGAUCUGGAUUUUGCUUUUGUUAGCAUUGUUAAGCUUGUUUACCUGGACCUCAGUUUCAACAACCUCACCCUGGUGACCUUUGGCACCUUUUCACAGCUCAGCAGCUUGGUUGUACUAAAACUCUCAGACAACCCUGGCCUGGUGGAGAUCGAGAAGGACUCUUUUGCUAACAACACCUGGCUGAGGCACCUUGAUGUGAGUCGCUGCAGCUUGACAUUCAUUGACACAACCACCAUGAAGGACCUGCCUAACCUGAGAAGCCUGGGCCUAAGUGGGAAUCCCUGGUUCUGUAACUGCUCCUUCAUGGAACUGUGCAGCUGGAUGAAAGACAGUGGGGUAACGAUCCUCGACACUGACAAUGUCACCUGCUACAGUCCAGCUUUUGUCCAUGGUUUGAGAAUGCUGGCAGAGGCCCAGGAGCAGCUGCAUUACAAGUGCUACAUCCAUUUUGAUCACCAAGAUUAUCUGUUCUUAGGCCUGGUUGGCUUCUGCAUAUUCUCUGCUGGUAUUGUGCUGGCCUGGCUCUUGGGAGUGUGUGCAGUGAUAUAUGCAUUCUUAACAGGCAAAGGAGAUGAGGAUGAGGAAGCUAACUAAACACUGAAACCUGACUUGCUGAUAGUGCAUUUCCAUGUAUGCUUCCAUAGAAAAUCAGUCCCACUGUGUUCAUUCACCCACUCCUUAGGAAAUACACUUUCCUAAAGAAAGUCAAACCUCCUCCUGAAUAAACAAAGCAAACGAGUAUAUUGUGCUGCACAGUUGUCCUCUACGCAUCUAUAUGAUAGACUGUAUAACAUACAUAAUUACCCUGAACAGAGUGAGUUUGAUUUAUUUUAGACAUUUUCCCAGAAGGUUUCACAUUUAUGGUGCCACUACUAUCCUAAACAUUUCUUCUGAGAACAAAUUUUAGAUAGCAGAUAACCUGCCACUAGAAAAGAGAAGUCCUUCAUCACUUAAAAGAUCUUUAAUUUCACGGUGGUCCAAAUGAUUCCUUACAGACCGCUCAUCAUCAGUAUU